AUGUCCUCGAAUGCGAACUCUGGGCAACCUGCUCAAGGGGGUAAUAAUUUGCAGGGUCCUCAGACACAACAGCUUACGCCCGACUCUGUGCAGCAACUGGCAUUGCGAUACAGACAAUAUUUCAACGAAGCACAGAGAGUCGGGACCACUACGCCUCAGGGCCAGGAAUUGCUGAGAAGGGCAUCUAAGAUUAAAGCCAUGUAUGUUGCGUACAAUACUCAAACACAGCAGGCUAACCAAGGGCACGCACAAGGAUCUAGUGGUGCUCUUGGAGCCGCCGAAAACUCUUCAGCUUCUCCUACCGCUUCACAAGCUUCUAACGGUACUCCAACCAGCAACUCAAUUUCCAGUAAUAUUCAAAAUCUACUCACGCCACAACAAAAUGAAGCUUACGGCAGACUGAUACAGACAUUUAACGAAAAUGGCGAGAAAAUCAAGGGUGAGUACGGAUAUCUCAAGAAACAGAUUGAGAUAUUGGAUGGUGAAAUCAAGAAGAGACAAAGCAACCCAGCAACUGUGAAUCAGCUUGAAACUAAAAAAUCCGAGAUACUCAACAAAUUGACAGGGUUUGGCGUUUCCUUCCGUGCUCUCAGUCAAAAGUUGCGCGAGGACAAGAAAAACUUUUACAUUGAGUGCGCGGCAACCAAUGCAAACUUAAAGCGGUUUCUACAGGCCUCUACUCAACAGCAACGUGCCAAUGCGUCAAAUAUGCAAAGUGCUGCUUCUCCAAUGACAGCAAAUACUUCUCAGGCAAAUGCAACUACUCCCGUACAACAAACUACAGCCACACAGCCGCCGUCCCAACAGCAAGGUAAUGGGACCCCCGUUCAACCCAGGUCUGGUGCUAGUAGUAGAUCGCCCACUCAGGUCACGUCUGUAAAUGCUGCUGCUCAUUUGGCCAACAGUGCCAGCCCUGCAGGAAGACAAGCAAUCUUCAAACAACCUAAUCCAUCGGUACCGAUCUCAGAGACUGUAUCCCAAAAAAUGCCUACCCCUGUCGUACAUCGCUCCAAUAGACCUACAAUCACAGGCGGGAGCGCUAUGAAUGCCGCUGCCUUAAAUACGCCAGUGAUGACCAAACUACCCCCCUACGAGGUAGAUAACGAGAGGGUGAUGUCCAAGAGGAAACUUAGAGAACUUGUCAAGUCUGUAGGCAUUGACGAAGGAGACGGAGAAACUACAAUUGAUGGUGACGUUGAAGAGUUACUUUUGGAUUUGGCUGACGAUUUCAUCACUAACGUAACGAGCUUUGCAUGUCGCUUGGCUAAACAUAGGAAGUCCGACAACUUGGAUGUACGCGAUAUUCAACUGCACUUAGAACGGAACUGGAACAUACGCGUACCAGGCUAUGCUGCUGACGAAGUGAGAAGCACUAGAAAAUGGAACCCAGCUACCAGCUACAACCAAAAAAUUCAGGGAAUCAACUCUGCUAAAGCUGCAAAGUCAGCUACCGCGGCUCAGGCUGCAGCAGCUCAAGCUGUCACAGGCAAUGUUGACACUAAGAAUCAAUCCAUGCCUUGA